CUCUUUGGCGACCUGCAGGGGGCCAAGAAGGAGACGCGGUCAGAGCGGAAGCACCAGGCGCCGGGCGCCUGCUACAAGCGGGACUAUGAAAGCGACCGCGAGAACCGGUCCCCUGAGCGCUGCUCCCGCGAGCAUCACCGCGGAGCCGACUUCUCCAAGAGCUCCCUGCCCGAGAGGGGCCGCUUCGACAAGUGCCGUAUCAGGCCUUCGGCUUUCAAGGCAGUGGCUGGGAAGGGGCUAGUCUCCAUGCAGGGCCUGUCCUCGUCCAAGGGGCAGAAGCUGUCCAAGAGCAACGGGAGCCUUCACACGCUGCUGUCGCAGACCCGCCUCAAGCCUGCCCAGAGCCAGUUCAGUGCCUCCAUGGGCCACAUCAACCACAUUGGAGGCUCCUUGGACAGGGUCUCCCGGAGCCCCAGGGACCCCCUGGCCCCCGAGAAGGCACCCCUAUCCUGCAAAAGCAUGGCCACGCUGAGCCGGCUGCAGAGCCCCGGGGAGCCCCCACCACCCUACGAGUUCACCUACUCGCUGGAGGAUGCAGUGAAGCAGCUGGAGGACCGGCUGCAGGAGACGGGAGGAGAGCUGCGGCAGCUCAAGAGGAGCCUUAGCGAGACCGAAGACCCCUUCACGCAGGUGUUUGAGGACAAGCAACGGCUGUGGCUGGACGCCAUGCAGCAGUGCCAGUGCGAGGAGCCCAAGCUCCGACAGCCCCAGGGCGAGCGCGUCAGCCCUAAGCUGGAGGAGACCAAGUGGGAGGUGUGCCAGAAGGCAGCGGAGAUCUCCCUGCUGAAGCAACAGCUCCGGGACACCCAGGAGGAGAUGGCUCAGAAGCUGGGUGAGAUCUUCAGCCUGAAGACGCAGCUGCGGGAGGCCAAGGCGGAGGUCCAGGCCAGGGACUCCCAGCUGGCACAACUGGCAGACUCCUUCCAGAACCCCCCAGAGCCCGGUGCCUCGCUGCCACUGGGUGAUGACCCCAUGCCAGCAUGCCAGGACUUCCCUGGCUGCGAAACCGAUGACUCCAAGUGUCGGGGCCUUCACAGUGACCCGGCGGAGCCCCUGGAGCGGCAGGUGGAGUGGCUGUGGGCAGAGCUGCUGCGGGAGCGGCGCCAGGGCCAGCUGCAGGCUGUGAACUUUGAGAUGGAGAGGAAAACCUGGCAGGAGGAGAAGGAGAAGGUGCUGCGGUACCAGCGGGAGCUCCAGGCCAGCUACAUGGAGAUGUACCACCGGAGCCAGGUGCUGGAGCGGGAGCUGCGGCAGCUGCGGUCGGAGCCCAGGGACGUCGGGGCCGACUCGCCGUGGAUUGAGCGGGUGGAGUCCUCAAAGAUCUGA